AUGAUGAGAUUGAGCAUUUCUAUCAGCAUAUGUCACCAUCGCCCACAGAGCAUGCGCUGCGUUUACAAGUGGUUUCGCGAAUCGAGAGCGUCGUCCUGGAUUUAUGGCCAUGUGCUCAAGUCGAAGUUUUCGGCUCCUUCCGAACUGGUUUAUAUCUUCCUACAAGUGACAUCGAUCUUGUAGUCUUAGGCCGAUGGGAAAGAUUACCAUUGCACACACUUGAGUCUGAAUUAGUUGUUAGAGGCAUUGCUGAGCAGAACACUGUAAAAGUUUUAGAUAAAGCUUCGGUACCAAUUGUUAAACUCACAGACAGAGAGACACAGGUGAAAGUUGACAUAUCAUUUAACAUGUCUAGUGGUGUACAGUCAGCAGAAUUGAUAAAAGAAUAUAAGCGCAAAUAUCCCGUUUUAUCAAAAUUAGUGCUUGUAUUAAAACAAUUUCUACUUCAGAGGGAUUUAAAUGAAGUCUUCACUGGAGGAAUAUCAUCAUACAGUCUGAUUUUAAUGUGCAUUAGUUUUUUACAGUUACAUCCAAGAAGAGAUUUAUUCAAUAAUGAAUCUAAUUUAGCUGUACUUCUCAUAGAGUUUUUUGAAUUAUAUGGACGUAAAUUUAAUUAUGUAAAAACAGGAAUCAGUAUUAAAAAUGGUGGCAGUUAUAUAAGAAAAGAAGAUAUGCAAAAGGAUAUGGUAGAUGGGCACAGACCUUCAUUAUUAUCUAUAGAAGAUCCUUUGACUCCAGGAAAUGACAUUGGAAGAUCAAGUUAUGGAGCAUUGCAAGUUAAACAGGCAUUUGAUUAUGCUUAUAUUAUAUUAACGCAAGCCGUUUCACCAUUAAAUGAUAUUUUUAAUGAUUGUAAUAAACAUUCAAUAUUAGGCCGAAUAAUAUUGGUUACAGAUCAGGUGAAAGAAUAUCGAGAUUGGGUUGCAGAUAUGUUUGAAGGAAAAUAUGCAAUUCGUAACAAUGCAUUACGUGCAGCUAGUGAGAGAGGAGGUGGCAGUACUUGUAGCCUAGACAGUAGUGGUGAUUCGCCAAUGGACAGUGAAGCAGAGUCGAAUCCUGCAAGUCGUGAUAACUCUCCAAAUAACAACAGAUCAGGUUGUUCGAGUGGACCUGAUCAUCAAAUGCCAUUAGGAACAGGCAACACUUGGGUUAAUCAUACAACAAGCAGAAUUAGGCGUUCUUUUCCUAAUGUGCCACCUAAGAAAAACAAAGAUAACAUUAAUUGUAGAAAUAGUAGAAACAGAGAUUAUAACAAUAUUGAUGAGAGGAAACAACAUUUAGAAAGAGACAAUGACUUCUGCUAUAACAACAGAUAUAAUCAUCAAAGCAAUAUGAAAAAGCAGCAAAAACUCAAGAAAAGAAUGGCAAAUACUUCUCUUACCAAUUUUGACAGUAAAGGUCCUAAAGCUAGCCAAAGAAAUUCACAAGACUUCUCGCGAUGAUGAAAUUAGAUUCUUUAUUAUGGUAAAAGUAGGGUGAGUCAUUGGAUAAAAUUUCCUGAUUAGUUAUAAGUGUUAUUAAGUCUCUACAAUGAGAUUGAAUUCUAAUAUAGGUAUUAAUAUUAGUUUAAUUUAUUAUAAGUAUAUUGACAAUGUCCAUUGCAUUAUUCUGCCAAUGAAAUGGAAUAUGCAAACUUACUUAAUUUUGUACAUAAGUA